AAUUUAAUGGAGCUGACGAAAUUACCAAUCUCAGACCCACAUGUCUGGGUGGGUGGGUGGGUACGGGUGGCAAAUGUACAUUAAUAUGUCUGUCUAUUAAUUCGCAUUUUUUUUUGACAUUCCGUUGAGAAGAUUAUUGGUAUACUCGCACGUACAUAUAUAUUUAUAUAGGAACAGAUAUAGAAUAUAUAAAGUAUGGUUUUUUGUAGGGAAUUUUCGUGGGUGUUCUAGACACACGUAUCGGCCAUAAAUUGGAAAACCAUGAGGAACACUUCCACGGAGCUAUUCAAGCAGAAACACACUUCUGGCCAGAACAGAAAAAUAAAUCACCUACUAUGGCAGCCACAACACAUAAUUGUAUCCAUCGAAGGUGGUCUAUAAAGAAAAACCCAACCAAAACGUUAAUCUCAUUCAGAUUUGUUUUCAUUGACCUGGGUCGGGAAAAAUAUCCAACCCAGUAUUCAGUACUGGCACCGAGUUAUCUAUGUGGGUUUCGCGUCGCGAGUCUGAGUCAAUAAUGGUAUAAGAUUCUGGUUAAGGCCAUGCGCGAUUACAAUUUCUAUAAGACAUGAGAUUCCUAUAAAUGCAAAAGACAGGCGAACAUUCGCCCCUGUACGUGCGCCGAGAUCUCUGGCGAUGACAACAAAAAGUUUUCAUUCAGCAAACGCAUUCUGCUGACAAUUGAAACCACAAACACGUAGGCGAGUGUUGAUCGGUGGAUCGGCAGUGGUGGUGAGUGUAAGUGCCUGUGUGGUCGAUGCGUUGAGAGAACGAUGUGAUUGAAUGAGUGAGGAUGUGAGUGUUGUGCGAAUGCAUUUAUGAGUUAUGGAAGACAGAGUGUACAAAUACCAUGUGGAAAUAGGAAGAGCUUUCGAAACCUUAAUAGUUUAUUUUGGACUCGUAAAAUCAUGGGAUUAAACCGUAAAUAUAAGCCGCGUUAUUAAAACAUACCAUAGUUACAUAUGUUAAUAGUAUCUCAGACAUUCGUUUGACUUCAAAUUCUCUUUAUGGUUUCACUUUUUCCACCCGCAACUCUCACUUUAUAGCCCCACUCUCACUCAUACCAAUACGCGUGGCCAUGUUCACUCAUUACAAUUUGGCCAAAAUCGUAUUAACUUGCCAGCCGGCCUUCAGUUUCUCCAACGUGUUCAGCUCAAACGCUCCAUGAAGCGCUGAAAGAAAUUUUGUCUUCAAUCAUUGGAAAUAUCAAGUGGAACUUAAAGGGAUAAGAUGCAUUAUAUGUACCUGUUGGGUGUACUGGCGUUGCUCAGUAUUUGCCAGGCAGCUUCAACCAGGAGUUUUGCAACCAGCAAACCACUGCCCACCUAUGAAGAUGAUGGCACUACAGUGCCUCCCCCAAGUGUCACACCUUCUCCCACAAACAGAGACAUUACUCUAGGUCCCUGCAAGUGGGUCGUUGGCCGAAGUUGUCCCGAUCCAGAUGUCAAGUAUUAUAUAUACACGCGACAUAAUGCAAUGGAUAGACAAUGCCUUCACAUCGAUGAUAGCCUGGAGAAGUCGAAUCUAACAGCCUCCUACUUCAAUCCCAGGCAUCCCACAAAGAUCAUCAUCCAUGGCUAUAAUUCGGAUAUGUUUCUACAUCCCCUACAGAAAAUGCGAGAUGAAUACCUCUCAAAAUCGGAUUACAAUAUUAUAUAUGUGGAUUGGAGCGUUCUGUCUCCGGGUCCCUGUUACAUCAGUGCCGUACACAAUACUCGUCAUGCUGGGACGUGCACGGCCCAGCUGGUGGAGCGUCUUGUGGAGACGGGCAACACGGAUAUCCAUGUGAUUGGCUUCUCCCUCGGGGCACAGCUUCCCAACUAUAUAGCAAGGAAUCUUACAUCGUUUAUGCUACCAAGGAUUACGGGGUUGGACCCGGCGAUGCCGCUGUUUAUUACAUCUGGAAAUGCGGAUAAGCUGGAUCCGAGUGACGCCACAUAUGUGGAUGUGUAUCAUACGAAUGCCCUCGUCCAGGGAAAGCUGGAGAGAUGUGGUCACGCCGACUUUUAUAUGAAUGGUGGCAUCAUGCAGCCAGGCUGUAAUGGACAGCAGAUAAACUCCUUUGCCUGCAGUCAUCAGCGUGCUCCUGCCUAUUUCUUGGAGUCCAUACGCUCACCUAAGGGAUUUUGGGGCUGGGCAUGCAGCGGCUACAUCUGUUACCUGCUCGGAAUGUGUCCUCCCACGAAUUUCCUGCUGGAGGCUGGCGAUAACAUUCGUUCCACCACUCGAGGAAUGUUCAUGAUCGACACCAACGACAGCGCUCCCUAUGCCCUGGGCAAGUGGACGGAUCUGCCAACACUGGGGGCCAAGCAACCGCAUAUGCGAGCUCCUCCCAAUCAAGUAAAGGCCCCGCCCAAUCAGAGUGUGGAUCCUUUGCUGCAGCACAUCGAUCAGUUUGGCAAACUGGCUGCCAACUUCAACAACCUGGCGAUGUCACCCAGUGGCCGGGAUCCCUAUGAGCACUGGACCAGCUUUAGUCCGGAGAACAAGGAAAACGAUGACGAUGAAUCCGUAGAGGAGCAGGAUUUGAUUGAUCCAGAUGAUCGCCAGCUGGCCUUGCAAUCUCCGCCAACCAUGGAAUGGUGGGAUUAUCGGAGGAAUCUCACGUAUGGAUUCAUAGAAAAUAAUAUAUUCGCUAUGCCAAAGCUGAAGUAGCGCCAGAUUGGAUCGAUGCUAGUUCGAGCAGUUAAAUCCCACCCUUGCCCCCGAUUUCCUUACUAAUAAUUAACGAAUGCAAUCUUCAUUGUGAGGUGAUAUCCAACAAAUGCAAAUACAGUGCGUUUCAAAACUAUACCGCUAUUCGAAAGUUGCAACUGAAUUAAGAUUUAAUCAUGCAGCAUUAUAAUAUAGAUCUAUUCCUGAGCCCUAGAGCAGUAAUGUUUUAAUAAAUAAAUUAGUUAAAUAAAGAAAAAUAAAUGAUAGAUUUUGUAAAUAUUAAAAAAAGUACAAUACAAUACAAUAGUUCGUUAAAAAAAAGUAUAAUUUAGAGCUAAAGGUAGGUGUACCAUUAUGGGAUUAAUAAGGACUAUUAUCGAGAGCGGCCUUAAUUUCAAAACUGAAUUGUAAAUUGAUUCUGCUUGAUGAUUGGGCUUGCGAAGAUUAUAGUUGUGAAACGUAGUGUAUGGAUUAAUCGUAUAAUUCAAGCAUCGUAUAAUUUUAAACAAUUCCGGAAUACAAUAGCAGAUUUGUAUUAAUUGUAAAUUGUAAUAAAUUUUUAACGCCAUAUUAAUUAGAAAUGGACUUGAAGAAUGUGGAGUGCCGGUUCGGAAAUCGUAUUUUCUGUGUAUGUAUGUUCUAUUCCUCUAUUUUCUAUGCAGGGAUUACCAUUUGGGAGAUAGGAUGUAUCUGGGGCUGGGUUAUGUAUACAAUUACAUGUACAUUUACGAGUAGAAAACAUCCCCCGCCCUGACGAAGACGACGACGACAAGCGUAGCAUGCUAUGAUGAUUGCUUUAAUUUCCCCUUCCUUCCCAUUCCGUCUGUCCGUCCGUCCCCGACUUCUGAGCUUACGUAAAAUCCUAAUCCGUACAAUAAUAAUCGCCACUGACUGUUGCGUUGCUGCCGUUGCUGAGGAUCAGCCCUAUACCUUUUUUUUUACCACUCUUUUGGCACGCGUUGU